GUUUUCAUUAUUUGAUAUUCUGCAUCGGUUUUUGAAAGAAAUAACAGUCUUACUCCUCAUCUUUCUCACUUACUAUUGGAUUGAUGUAUUUUCCUUAGUUGCUUUACGAUAACCGAAGACACAACUGGUGUGCGUUUAUUAACUCGGCGGUGUGUGUAGUCAUCUGUACCACACACACUCUUUUUCAGUUCGUUUAGUACAAGAAGACAAGGUUCACGCACUUAGCAGCAGUGAAAUGAGCAAGCCAUACCCGGACGCCUGCCCGUAUCCUACUGCCCCGGCGGCAUGGGACCCGGAGAACAAAUCCAAUGCCAAUAUCGCACCUCCGGCUUAUCAAGAACCAUCUGCAGGGGGGUUCGGCAUGGGAUAUCAAACAGGUAACCCUACAGUACCGCAGCAGAAUGUUUACCCUCCAGUGCCAGGACAGUAUGGUACGAACCCGAUGGGCCAUCCUUCAGCAGUUACCGUUCAACCAGGUGUCUACAUAACUCAAGUCCCGCUGGCCCAACCGGAGCCUGACUACUUGGGGUACUCCAUCUUCACCAUGCUUUGCUGUUGUCUUCCAAUCGGAAUUGGUGCUCUUAUCUACUCUAUAAUGACCCGAGAUGCCAACAACAUUGGGAACCUGGACCUGGCAAGAAAGCACUCCCGAACUGCCCGUAUUCUGAAUCACACUGCCCUGGGCAUCGGCAUCUGCUUCGUCAUCAUUUGGAUCGGCAUUGUGAUUGCAAUAAAUGUUAUUCAUUGAGUUUUCUUCCUUGUAUGUCGUCUUUGCACUGCUGAUGGACUGAUGAUAAAAACAUUCUACUGCAAGAAUAUUUCGUAGCGCUUUAGUUUUGUUUCCAAAGCUGGCCUUCUGUAACAUGUAUGGAGUAUAUAAAGCAAAAGAAAUUCUGUUUCAAAUGCUUCCAAUGUAAUUUUAUAAAAACGUUGAUUUGCCUAAUGCCAAACUUGAACUAGAUGGUUUAAAGUAAUUAUUUCAAUUCUUGCAGAUAUUUGCUGGAAUUUAAAGCAACAAAAACAUUGUACUUCUGUGUAGCUCUCCAUCUCCACCUUUAGAUGAUACAAGGUUUCACCAGGAAUUAAUACUGUAUAGAGAGCAAUAAUGGCUUUAGGCACACAAAAGUAUAGGAUGGGUAGCCCCCCGUGAGAGCAAGUGCAUGUCUGACUGAAAGUGUAGCUAUCGACAUUCUACAUUACAAAAGGGACAAGAAUAAAAUGCACAUCUCAUCCCCUCUCAGGUGGAAUCUCAUGAGUUGUAAAUGCAUGUCCAGUGCUGUCCUGUUGUGGUGAAACAGCACCUUCCUUCGGAACUGUUUCUGGGUAAUUUCACUUUGAUUUUAUAACAUACUUCAAAUGAAUGUAUUGCUGAUAAGCCUUAUAGCUUAUUAAAGGUAGAUGUUGUAUUAUGCAAACUAUUUGCCUUAAUUACAUUUGGUCUGAAUGCUUUUUUGUAAAUUCUGUAGAGUCGAGUAUUAUGUACAGAUUCCAUUUAUUGCAAUAUAGCUAUAAAGGGGUAGUUUACCCUCUUUAAUAGGUUCGUUUAGUAAAACACUAAUCAGGGCUCAUAGUGAAACCCCAGACUUACAGUAUGUCUGUUGCUUUGAUUAAUAAUCUGUUUUUCAUUCUCCAAAAUGUGUAUUUUCCAAGAGACUUAAUAAACUGAAAAUCUAAUGGAUCUACUAUGCUUUCAACAACAUAUUGAGGGUUGCCAUUGUAUUUUCCAAAAAUGUUCUUUUCUUCAAUGACAAAAAUAACCUGCUUACAUGGCCUACUUUUAUGAUGUGGUCCUUAACCCUUUACUUUCAUACUCACUGGGGGUUAGAUUAAGCAGCCGCAUUUCCUUAAAGUCUUCAAAGACCUGAAAUUAGAAAUACAUCACCACACUGCAACACAAUAGUCUCAUCAUUUUCAGGUUAAACUGGAAGUCACACAUUAAUAUAUCAUGAGAGAACAAUACAGAAUGUCACUUCAUUUUGGACUAUAGAAAUAAUUUAUGAGGAAAACAAAACAUGCAAAUAUUCAAAGAACAUUGUGUUCAUAGAAGGAGUAGGAUAGAUAGUAGAAGAUAGGGGCGGUUCAGCUUAACAAUAUUAAGGUAUAUCGAUUUUCAGAAGCAGCAGAUAUAAAAAUGGUUUGUUUCAUCGAUAAUGGGCUGGGAGGUGUGAUAAUGAAGGGACUUGUACCGUUAAACAAUGAGAAAUCAUUGCACAAUGUUAAAAAGACUUUUAGUUGCAAUCAGAAAUAUUCAACCCCUUCACCUCAAAAGACAUUAUAGUGAUAUGAAUCAAGGUUAAUGAAAAUAUAUGACAGAAAUCCUCAUUAAACAAUAAAAAAUUAUUUUAAGAGCAUAAAUUCACUUAAGUUUGAGUUCAAAUGAAAAAUGUAACUCUUUUCAUAAAUCUGCAUGUGCACUUUCAUUCAACCCCCAACUUCAGUACUUUGCGGAGCAUCCUUUAGUCUUUAUAACUUCUAAUAAUCAUUUUCCGUAAGUGCUGACAAGCUUCUUGCGCCUCUCUGUUGGAAUCUUGGAAUCCACCUAAGAUUUUCAAUGGGAUUUAAGUCUAGGGACUGAGAAGGCCACUCCAGGACAUUACAGGAUCAAUUUCUUAACCAAACUUUGGUCAACUUAGAGGUGCACUUGGGAUCAUUGUCUCACUGGAAAGUUUAAUGAUUUCUAAGAUUCAAUUUGUGAACAGAAGGCAUCACAUUCCUCUUUAAAAUGGCCAGAUAUUUCUGGGAAUCCAUGAUGCCAGUUGCACAGUCAAGAUUUCCAGUUUCUGCAGCAGAAAAAUAUCCCCACAUCAUCACUGACCCACCUCCAUGCUUGACUGUGGGGAUGGUAUUCUUUUGGUUAUAAGCCUGACCUACCACUGGUCCUUGUGGCUAAACAGUUUCAGUUUAGUUUCAUCAGUCCAUAGAACUGUUACCCAAAACUCUGUAGGCCUAUCCACAUUUCUCCUGGUAUAUACUAGUUGACCUUUGAUAGUCUUUGUGGUCAAGAGUGGAGUGCAUCUUGGAGUGCAGCCAUGAAGUCCUUGUUUAUUCAGUGCUCAUAUUAUAGUUGCUACUGAAACACUUGUCCCGGCCUUCAUCAGGUCAUCCUAUGGGUGUUUUGCAGUUUUCUUAGCUGUUCUGACUAAUCUUUUAAGGGCUGCUGAUGAACCUGUAGGCUUUCUCCCUCAGACAGGCAGGUUUGCAGAUGUGCCAUAAGUUUUAAACUUCCUCAUACUUCUCCCAGUGGUGCCUCUUGGAAUGUUCAAUUUUUGGGGGAUCUUCUUAUACCCAAUGCCUUUCAGGUGCAAUGAAAUAAUUUCCUCCCUCGGGUUUUGUGAAAGCUCCAUAGUCUUACUAAUGAUUGCAACUCACCUUCAACACCUUCAUGGUUGGGUUUAUAUAUGCAUCACAGUUGAAGCCAAUUAAGGAUUAUUAUUGAAUUUCCAAAGGCUUAAUUGUGUUUUAGCUUUACUUUAGCCCAUAAAAGCUAGCAGAAGGUUCUAAAAGCAGCAAUAUUAUAUAGGGGUUGAAUAACUGUGACAUGGCUAUAUUAAUAAAAUAUCCUGUUACUCAUGAAUACUACAUCAUGCAUUUUCUUUGUUGAUUUUACAUAUAACUCAACUGAUAAAGAAGUCAUCCAAAGCAAAAUCUAGCUCUUUGAAAAAACUUUCAUUGGUAAAUCACCACAAUCUUUGAGGGGUUAAAUAUUUCUGAUUACAACUGUAAGCUAAUGUCAGCUGUUUAUUAAAUUGUUUGAAAAGGGGUUCAUCAUUUGUGUGGGGAUAUCUUAUCUGUAAAUGUCCCCUCAAAGUAGUAACUAAUAAAACUUCAGUGAUGUAAAGAUGUUCCCACUUUGUAUAACAUUUCUUUUCUUUUUUUAUAUUUGAUGAAUUAUUGUUUUCAUUUUUGGCAUUUUGGUUAUAAAAUACAUUGAAGAAUCGUCUCCAAGAUAAAUCAUUCCAUUUGUUUCAUAUAUCGCAUCUAAAAGAAUUGUAACCUUUGUAAAUUAAAUGAAUAAAUUCUAAACAUCAUAUGUG